CCAGUGAAUUAGGGCAUUAAAUCAAAAUUUUACAAUCAAUCAAUUCAGUGUUCAUCUUCAUUCCUUCUAUUCAAUCGGGAAAAUGUCUGGCCGUGGAAAAGGAGGCAAGGGAUUGGGAAAGGGAGGAGCAAAGCGUCACAGAAAGGUUUUGAGAGACAACAUUCAGGGUAUUACCAAGCCUGCCAUUCGCCGUUUGGCUCGCAGAGGUGGUGUGAAGCGUAUCAGUGGAUUGAUCUAUGAAGAAACCAGAGGUGUUUUGAAGAUCUUCCUUGAGAAUGUGAUUCGUGAUGCUGUGACAUACACUGAGCACGCUAGGAGGAAGACGGUGACUGCCAUGGAUGUGGUUUAUGCCUUGAAAAGGCAGGGAAGGACUUUGUAUGGUUUCGGAGGUUAGGUUAUGGUUUGGUCUAAACGAUGGUUGUAUAGGUCGUCUCUUUUCUGCUAGUUAUUAUCUUUGUUUCUGCAAGUUGUUUCCAUUGUCUGGCAAAAAGAUACUGGUUCAUUGUCAAAUUAUGAAUUUACGUUGCUUCUCGUUUGUUCCACUCUUUUAUUUUUUCCUUUUUUGCGCGCCAACUCGUAAAUUGAAUCUGUAAUUCGAUUUUUAAACUCAA